AUUUUUGGCCGAUAUUUCGGCAACGGCGUUUUCGGAUAGCUCCUGUCCUCUCCCCAUCUUCUCACGCGCCACCGUUGUAUUCUCACGCGCCGCCGCAAUCCGAAACAUCAAUCUCCCUUUCAUCUUCCUCCUUUUCAACUUUGUCCCGCUUAUCUUUUCUCCAUCCACUUUUCCUUUUACCAAACAAUUUAUCGCUCUCUUUAUCGUUCUGUCGUUUUCUUCUCUUUUUUCUUCGCAAAGAUCUCUUGAAGACCCGAAGGAGAAAAUCUAGGGUUUCUGGGUUUUUGAUCGAAAAGAAAGGGGUUAAUUUAUGAAAAACGGAGGUGGUGGUGUGUGAUGAGAAGAGGACCAUCAUUGCCGUUGCCGUCUCUAUCAUCGUCUCCGUAUCCGUUGCCAUCGUCAUCGUCAUCGUCAUGGGAGGGGUCACUUCGUCGAUCGCCGCGAAAUUUGCCUUUUUCCCGCCAACUCCGCCGUCGUACGGUGUGGUAGCUGAUGAGAGCUGCGGCGGCCGCCUCUACAUACCUGAGGUGCCUCGCCGGGACGACGUCGACGUCCUGAAGCUUCGGACACGACGAGGCAACGAGAUCGUGGCUAUUUAUGUGAAGCACCCAAAGGCCAACGGCACGCUUCUCUAUUCCCAUGGAAACGCCGCCGAUUUGGGUCAGAUGUUUGAGCUCUUUGUCGAGCUUGCCAAUCGCCUUCGCGUUAAUCUCAUGGGGUAUGACUACUCUGGAUAUGGCCAAUCUUCAGGAAAGCCAAGCGAGUGUAACACAUAUGCGGAUAUAGAUGCAGCAUAUAAAUGCCUCAAGGAGCAGUAUGGGGUAAAGGAUGAUCAGCUGAUAUUAUAUGGUCAGUCUGUUGGUAGUGGACCGACAAUUGAUCUGGCUUCACGCACAACUAACUUGAGAGGGGUGGUUUUACACAGCCCAAUUCUUUCCGGAAUGAGGGUUUUGUAUCCGGUGAAACGUACAUAUUGGUUUGACAUUUACAAGAAUAUUGACAAGAUUGGUGCAGUCACCUGCCCUGUCUUAGUAAUCCAUGGUACAGCAGACGAAGUAGUUGAAUGUUCCCAUGGAAAACAGCUCUGGGAACUCUGCAAAGAGAAGUAUGAGCCUUUGUGGAUUAACGGCGGAGGACACUGUAAUCUUGAACUCUAUCCAGAAUACAUCAGACAUCUGAAGAAAUUUGUCAUCUCAUUAGGAAAACCCAAAGGACCAAGAAAUGGUCCGAACAAAGUGGCAACAGACGCAACCAACAACCAGAGCAAGCCCCCAGAAAGCGGGAAUGCGGAUACUUUUGAGCUCGGGUAUCUUCCGGAAGUGUCUAGAAACAGUCUGGACAGUCGGCUGGAGAAGUCGAAGAAGACGAGUAAGCCCGAAAAGUCCCGGAUGAGCGUUGAUAGGUUUAGGAGGAAAAAGGGCCUCGUCUGGUGACAAAGCAACUGAAGAACCGUGGAACAAGUUGAUUCACGAAGGCUUAUCGGUUCCUGUAAUACGUGUUCUUUGAAGGGUUUUUCCUUUUUUAUUGUGGCCUCAGAAAAUUCUGCGUAAAUUUAUGAAGUUUGUGUGUGAUUUUGAUGCUAAGGCUCGUGUAUGUAUUUUUUUUCUGACAGAACAAGAUGAACUUCUCAAAGUCCUGUGACUUUUCAUAUGUUGAUGUAACGUUACGUCUUUGGGCGUUCUGUCUGAACAAGUAAAAGCUGUACUAACUGGUUUGACAAGAAUCUCCCACUUCGUAUA